CCGACGCCGUCGCCGACGCCGGGACCGACGCCGGGACCGACGCCUUCGCCCUCGCGCGCUCCCACGAGCUCGCCGUCCCGCGCGCCGACGGGCUCACCCUCCGGCGCGCCGACGGCCUCGCCAUCUAGUGCGCCCUCCGGCGCGCCGACGGGCUCACCCUCCGGCGCGCCGACGGCCUCGCCGUCCAGCGCGCCG